GGCACUCUGUAUCCCAGCAUCCAUCGCGGCACCACCCCUGAUUAUCUCACUGUCGGUCAGAGGGGAGGCCUCUUUGCAUCUCGCCACAUCCAAAACUUGAGUACUGUGCACAUAUACUGUGGCCUCCUCUAGUGUUACAAUGGAGCCUUCGGGAAGUACUACGAUAUCCUCAUCGAACAACCACACCCUGAACUCAACAGGUGGUGGCUGUCCCUGGGAGGUCGGCGACAAGGCCAGACUGUGCCGCUUCCUCUGCUAUGGCUCAGAGGGAGAUCUAUACACUGCCAGAGAGGAGGGUCACGCCAGCAUGGAAAGCGCUGGAGCUCUGCUGUCCCUGCUGCAGGAGGGCCGAGGUGCCGAGGUGGUGGAGGAGAUAAAAAGGUUCACUCAGGAUGGGCGAGCUGUCAGACUCGGCCCCUCCUUUUUUGCCUUGGCUUUGUGCUCCCAGCACUCGGAGCUAAAGACCAGACAGGCAGCCUUCAAAGCCCUUAAGGAAGUCUGUCGGGACCCCGCCCACCUGUUUUCUUUCAUCCAGAACAAGAAGGAGUUGAAAGAUGGCAUGAAAUGUGGUAUUUGGGGACGUGCGCUGAGGAAAGCAGUGUCUGACUGGUACAAUGAACAAGAUGCCAUGAGUCUGGCUGUGGCUGUGACCAAAUGUAAACAGAGAGAGGGAUGGUCACAUCAGGAUCUGCUGAGGCUCUCUCACACUAAACCAGCUAAUGAAGCCAUUGCCUUGAUCAGUAAAUAUGUGACAAAAGGAUGGAAGGAAGUCCAGCUUGCUUACUCUGACAAAGAGAACUCAGAAGAGGUUGUCAGAGUGCUUUCGUAUCUUGAAGUGGUGGAGAAGGUGAAGCACAGUUGUGAUGAAACAGAGGUCAUCAAUUUAAUAGAGGAACACAAACUGGAGAGGGAACAGCUGCUCACAGACCACCUGAAGUCCAAACAGGUAUGGAGAGCUUUGUUGAAAGAAAUGCCUCUCCAAUCACUGCUAAGGAUCUUGGGUAAGAUGACGUCAAACAAAGUUCUUGAACCAGGAAGUUCAGAAACACAAGCUGUAUGCGACAGAAUCCAGAGUGAGACGGCACUCACGAAGGCAAAGCUCCACCCUUUCAGCAUACUCUUGUCUUCUGAAAACUACAAAAGAGGCCAAGGCUAUCAGGGUAAAACAAAAUGGGAGCCAGACAGCAGCAUCCUCAAAGCAAUGGACGCUGCCUUUUACAAGAGUUUUAUGAAUGUGGAGCCUGUGGGUAAAUGCUUUGUAGUGGCAGUAGACGUGAGCACAUCGCUGAGCAGCAUUGUCCCAGGGACGUCUGUCAGCACUGCAGUCGCCGCUGCAGCUAUUACCAUGAUUUUUGCAAGGACAGAGGCAGACACACAUGUGCUGGCCUACUCUGAAGGAGCUCUGGUUCCAUGCUCCGUCACUGGUGACAUGACUCUGGCACAAGCAACAUUCGAACUGGUUAAGAUCCCAGGUGGGAGCACAGACUGCACCCUUCCCAUCACAUGGGCCACAGAGAAUGGGAAAGCUGUAGACGUGUUCAUCAUUCUGACCAACAACCCCUUGUGGACGUUUACAGCCAGCCCAGUGGAGUCUCUAAAGAAGCACAGACAAAAAUCAGGAGCCAAUUCCAAGUUGGUGAUGUGUGGGCUGACCUCCAUCGGACACGCCAUCGCAGACACAGAAGACAGGGGUUUACUGAGCAUCUGCGGCUUCGACCUCGGAGCCCUGAGCGUCAUUCGUAACCUAGCCCAGGAUCUGAUCUGAUAAAGUAUCGGGGACCGACUCUGAAUCAUGUUGUUAGAGCACAAAAAGGAAGGCACAAAGUGUACCGACGCGGCUCAGUUAGCAUGUAGAGUGCCCUAAAACAGCACUAAUCCAAAAGAUGUUGACAUUUACAAUUCCAAGUUCUCUUUUUGUAUUAUGUCGCUUACGAGUCACUUGACAAAGUGUCCAGCGGGCUGGACAACACUCUGGAAAUGUUAUGUGCAUAUAUUUUUUUUCUGAAAUUUGAGAAAAAAGGAAGUGAUAAGACAUGAUGUGUUGUUGCAUAUCAUGCUGUCAGGAGUUUAAGUGCAAACAGCGCUCAGUAUGUGAAGUGCUUUGAUGGCUCUUGGUGAGACACUAACCCAAUGAAUUAUGAAUUCCACUCAUCUAUAGCGAGACGUUGGCAGAUUAAAUAAGAGAGGAACAGCGUAAGAGUCAGAAUGUUUGAGGCUUAGUGCAACUGUAGGUUUAUUUUAAGAGGAUUUACUGAUUCUAGUAUGUAUCUAUAGUAUGAUUUUAGCAGGUUUGGUAUGAUGGUAGAGGCCUGUCCCUCCGUCUCAUGUAGCAUUAUUAUAAAUGACUAACAGAUAUGCUGUAAAAGAGAGGAGUUGAAGCAAAGCACCAAAUGUCAGAAAAGAACUGAAGCGUAUUCUGUUGGCUUUUCAAAUUCUUUGAUUUAUUUGGUCGGAUGAUAUUUUAUAGGAAUAUUAACGUCUAGAAUUCCAUUAACUCUUGCCUUUAGCUUAGAUACGAUUUUUAGUUGUAUUAACAUUUGUUUUCCCCUAAGCCAAUUUUAUUUUAAAACUCUUCUGCUCUUGGUGAAUUUAUCCUAUUAAAAAAAAAACCCUUGGUGCUCUUAAAUGUGAUGAUACAUUUUUUGGGGGGAUUAUGUGGGAUUUUCCUUCUUGACACAAUAGCGCCAAUGUUCGGGGCUGCAAAGUCAGUAUACUGUAAAUUGGAAAAUGGACUUCUUCUCAUAUUUGAGUCUGGAUUCUAUGCAUCACGAUUUUGAUUUUACUGUCUUGUUAUAAGUCCAGGAAGGACAAAUUAAAGCUAUUUAACAACUGUUUACCGAGACUGAAUCUGCUAGCACUGUAAUAUUUCUGUAUUUUUGAUGUAAGAAUGUCCGUUAUGCAAAAACUAACAGAUAAUUGCUACCUUCCCGGAAUAAAAAGGAACUGAAUGUACUUUUGUAAAACAUGUAACUGUAGAGAUUUAAAGUACAAUGCUUUAUAUUUCUUCAAACGGAAUAAACACACGCUGCUGCUCACAGUUUUAGGAUAAGGGGCCAAUUCAGUUUGGGGGUCAAGGCAAGCAAACGACUACAGUGGUGCUUCUUGUUUCAGUCAAGAGUAAUUGUAAUUACUAACGGCAUUCACUAAACGUCACUCAUCGAUUCUGGUGUAAUUCACUCUUUAUGUCGAGGAAUAAAUUCCUGACCAUGUUACUGUGAAGGAUUUUGGUCCACACAUGCCGAUACUGUUGUUUUCAAUGGUAAGACAAUGUCCACUGUUUGGUCAAAAUGCUGUAAAGCUAAAAUAUGAUCGUUGUUGCGUUUGUAGUUGAGAGUCUGACACAAGAGAUAGUUGUUAUGAGGUAUGGUAGUACACAAGUGUUUGACCACCUUGAUUAACUUCUUUUCCAUCAUAUUGUCUGUUGCAUCCAUCGUGCUUAACAUGUAAGUACUUGACUGUAGUGGCAAUGUAAACCCCUAAUAAACACUUUGCUGCUCUUUA